AUGGACGACAUUCUCAGGCCCUUGCAGGAUGCCUUCGAGGGUCAGAUUAUCAUAAGCUUCUUGACUGGCUACAUUUACAAGGACAUCCAUCUCACGCUAUGGACUGGACUGGCGGGGACACUUUUCACUGCGCUGGUCGUGGUGCCGCCUUGGCCCUUUUAUAAUCGGCAUCCGGAGAAGUGGGUGGGUGGUUUGGCUACGAGGACGACGGGGAGUCAUGGAGUGGUGGUUGAUGGGGUCAAAGUUGCGUGA